UUUCAUUUCAGGGCUUCAGGCAGCCAUUGAAGCUCUCUCAACUCUCAAGUGUUACUCUCUCGGGGAAGAUGCCGGCGGGACGAUUAUCAUCAAUGGCUGCGACGCUCGCUGCGGCUCUUCCAUGGCGGACUACGCCUCUAUACUUCAUACGCGUCAAGCCUUCUCGACUUAAUUAUGGAACCGCCAUCUUCCACUCCAGAAAGCUGGCUCUCUCUUUCUGCUCCAACUCUGAGGUCGCUUCCGAGCUAACCAUCCCUAUUCCGGAGGAAUUGCCGAAACGUCAGAGUCCCCUGAGUCCUGGACUGUACUUGGUUGGAACGCCGAUUGGAAAUCUUGAAGAUAUAAGUUUCAGGGCUAUUCGUGUCUUGAAAUCGGCUGAUGUGAUACUUUCGGAGGACACGAGGCAUUCAGGAAAGCUUCUCCAUUACUACAACAUCAACACUCCUCUCGUGAGUUUCCAGUUGAGCUACCACAAGUUCAACGAGUCGCAAAGAGAACAGACUGUGCUGAGGAGGCUAAAGCAAGGAGAAAUCGUGGCACUGAUCAGUGAUGCUGGCAUGCCAGGCAUUAGUGAUCCUGGCGCAGCUCUGGCAAAGUUGUGCGCUGAUGAAAACAUUCCUGUCAUACCUAUCCCUGGGCCUUGUGCUCUUGUAGCUGCUCUAUCCGCCUCUGGCUUAAAUACCGAGGAGUUUACAUUUGCUGGAUUCCUCCCCAAGCAUACUGGGUCCAGGAGAGAGAGAUUAACAGCUUCAGCUAAGGAAGCAAGAACGCAAGUAUUUUAUGUUCCACCACACAAGUUGUUGCAAUUUCUCGAGGAGGCUUCAUCUACAUUUGGUGACUCGAGGCAGUGUGUCAUAGGCAGAGAAUUAACUAAAUUACAUGAAGAGUUCUGGCGCGGUACACUUGUGGAAGCAAAAGAAGCGUUUACGAAUCGUGUAGCAAAGGGAGAGAUAACGCUGCUGAUCGAAGGCAACAGCAAUGCCCCGGUAGAAACUCCUUCGGAUACCCAGCUUGAACACGAACUGGGGCUCUUGAUCUCCCAGGGGCACAGCCUCUCCACGGCAGUCAAAUUGGUAGCUGAUGGAUCGCCGGUGAAGAGGAAGACGAUCUAUUCUCUGGCCUUGCGGAAAUUCGGAAAGCAAGAAGAAACAGAGGAAUGAAUUGAGUUAUGCCUCCUUUCUGUUUUUCCUCUGCCAGUGUAAUGUUGUUUUCCUUUUGAGCUAGUAUUAUAACUUGUAACAUCAGUAGCUGCUCUGUAUCCUGCCUUCGGAGGUGGGGUUAGUUUAGGUCGAAACAAGGGUCGAGGCUGAUCGAUUUAUUCUCUUCAUCGAGUCAAGAUCGCGACUUAAAUCGAGGAUGAAUCGUGUAAAACUCAACCAUGAAACAUAAAAAGCUUCAAUAGAAGCCAACCACAUUCCAAUUCCAGGAGCAAAAGUACUACUACUACACUACUACAUUGUUCUUUCUCCCUGCUUAAACACUACCACCUCAGCAUAUUCCCCUCCCUAAUUAGUAAUAAACAAUUAAUUAAUCAACUGCUUCCCUUACAGCCUAACUUCCCCUCCAUAGAAAAAAAUAUGUACAGAGAGAUAAGAGAUUGAGCAGAUAUUCCUACGUCAGUGAUAAGAUUGCGGUUGCAGCAGCAGCAGAAGAAGCAGUACGUAACGUAACCCCUCAAUCCAGCGGUGGCGUAAAGGGAGAAAAAACAGAAUCGCACUGUGCAAAAAAGAAAGAAGAAGCAGGGGGUCUGUUACUCUGUUUUGCUUUUGUGCCGUCACCACGAAGCUUUCCCCUUUCUCACCAAAGAAGCAGCAGCAGCAUCAGCAGAAUCAGGUACGGGUUUGAAUAUACGCUGGCCAGUGGCGAGAAUACGGCGAGGAUCAAACGACGUCUUCCGCUGAUUGAAACGGUCCCACUUCUCCUCCCCAAAGUGGGCCGCCCAUUCCCGUUCCGUUGUGUAGUGAGGUAAGUACUGCUUCAUUUUGAUCCCCGACUCGUCGCAGAAUCUCAGUAUCUCACGGUUCUGAUUGCUCAGAUACUCCAGCGUCUUGCCGCUGGAGUCCUCCACCGCCGACCUCAGCAGCGCCACCAGGUAGAACACCUCCUCGUCUCCCUCCGGCGUCACCGCCGAGCUCCGGUCGUCCCACCUGGCAAAGAUAAUAAAACCCACAUUGUAAAUUCGGGGUUUCGAGCCACAAAGUCAAGAGAGCGGGUGAUUGUCAAAUUAAUCCUAGGCCCUAGCUGGAUCCCGAAUGCAAAAUACAUUCAUAACGAGUAGUAUUAUGUCAUACUAUAAGUACUGUUAUUAUUGAAAGAAGAGAUUAAGUAUGCAGAUGUAGCUGUUAUUCAUAGCAAUCCGAGUGAGAUAAGGAUAAGCUCGUGUCAACAACACAAAGAUGAUGGACUGAAGUGGAAGCGAAUACAAGUUUGGAACUAGACUGAUAUUUCACCAUGCGAUGUCGUUUUAUCAUUUUUCAUUUCUUUAAUCUGUUGAAAUAGAUAUUCGUUAUGUAAUAACGAGUCCCACUUAGCCACGUGUCCUGUGCGGGUUGAUGGGACUCGAAUGGUGGUUAAUCACUGUUGAUUAGCCGUUGAAUGUCCUAUAUAAAUCGAAAACCCUCACUACAAAAAAUUUUUGGUUUCAUCAACCAUUUUCUCAGCGUCCAUAAGAAAAUGGUUGCUGAUAACUAGAUUUUUGGCUACCAUUCACCAAAUUGGUUGGUGAUGCCCAUCCACCCAAUCAGACUCUCUUUCCCUUUCCUUAGUUAUGAAAUUAAACAGAGUUAUAUUCUUUAUCGAAAUGAAAAAUAUCAGAUAAUUUUCGUAUUAAUAUUAGGGUUUUUGGUUUUUUUCUUUUCCUUUGUGUCUGUCUGGUCUUUUUCCAUCCCUUUCCCUUUUGCAUGUGGCCCACGUGUUCCCAUAAUUCUCCCCCCUUCUAUACUACGUGUCCUCCCAUCGUCUCUGGACCACGGCGUCCUAUUGCUAGCAAGUUCUAGUGGUGGGCUUCUCCCUCGAAAAUAAUUCUCGUUGUUUCGUUCUUUCUUGUAUGCAAUGAAUUACAACAACAAAGAAGGAGAAGAAGAAAGGCCCGUCGUUAUCAAGCCAAAAGGACUGCUUUAGCUAUGGUACCGUAAGAAAAAUGACCAAUCGUGUAAAAGGACAGCCAAAAAAAAAAAAAAAGUAAAUGGAUAAGUAGAUGCAUGAUGAGGUUAAAAAAAUAUUUACUGACGACAUAUAAACACACGUCAACCAUAUCUGAACCGAAGCUGUGCUUAUGUCUAUCAAAAUAUAUGCAUGUGGAAUCUAAUCCUCUUAAAAAGGAGCAAAAGAUGAGAAUAUAAAGUGGGCAAUUAGGGCUCGAGAAAUGACUUGCAUGUUCCAUGCAUGCAACGCCAUCAUUGCCAAGCCCGAUAACAACAAUAAACAAGAAAGGAAAAGAGUUAAUGUUGCUUUUAAAUUGGAGUACUGAUGUAAUGAUGUAAUUAACAGAUGGACUUACUUGCUUUUGUUCAUAGGGUAAAUGAGGAUGGGGCCGCUGGUCCUGUUGUUUCCCAAAAUGCCCUUGAACACGCCCUUGUCGAAGUCGUCGAUCCUCGACUUGGGGACGAAGAGGUUGAGCCAAGGGUGGGGGACCUCCCAGAGGUUCUUCGCCCGCAGCUUCAGCUCGACCUUGUGGACUCGGUCCAGGAAAUCGACAUAGGGCAGAUCGGUCGUGAAAACCGACGCCGGUAUGAAGUCGAGCUCCUUCAUCAAUGCCUCUAUUUCCUGGUCGACAGUAUCAGCAGUCGACUCGCGGUAGUUCUUCGUGACUUCCAAGCAGUAGAGGACCCCUCCGUCGGUGCCGAGGGAGGAGAUUUUGACAGGGUUGCGAGGGGAGAAGAAGGAGGACCUCCAGUUGUUGAUCAGCCCUUCAUCCACGAUCACAAACCCUUCCACGUAGUCGAACUUGUUCCGGCCGUCUCCGUGCAGGGAGAUCAGAUGCUCCUGGUCCCUCGUGAACGUCGAGAAGUUGGAGUACAGAACCCUGAUCCAUCGCACCUGCACAUACGCAGUUAAGUCGUCGUACCAAUUCAGCAUCAAAACCCUGAAAUUUCCUAUAGUGAAAAAACAAUUAUGCAAAUAGUAGUACACUACUAAACAUGGAGGGGAGAGGGGGCUAGCUAGGAAAGAAAAGGAUGUGUCAACAACAUUUGCCAGCUUUAGAACAACCAUUUGAAAUGUGUAGAGAGAUUUGCAAAUAUACUCUCUCUAUGGACCCAACCCCAAAAUCAACCCCAUUCUCCAGCCGUCCUACACAAUAUUUUCUCAAGUGGCAGCAUGUUGGGGGCCCAUAUCGAUCAUCAAUUAACGUUUGUUUGUUUGUUUGAACGGUUCCUUGUUGUCUUUCAGAGUUUGUUUCUUUUUUUUUGCUUUGGUCAUUAGCUAAAUACUAGGAAAGUGUUUGUUUCCCACACACUAGCCAAUUAAAUUUGACUAGUCGUCCUAUAUGGGAAUAUUUGGAAUUCUAAUUUGGCAUGGAGCUAACCAUAAAUCGAUCCUAACCCCAAAUUAUUUGGUGGUUAGAGCGAGAUACAGAGAGAA